AUGAGCGGCGGUGACCAGGCGGCCGGGCCCCGGCUCUGCACCCCGCCUUGUCCCCGCCGGCGUUACCCGAGGAGCCCGAGGCCGCCGGGCCGCACCGGCCCUUCGGGUCGCCGUCCCUCGGAGCGUGGGGCCGGCGGGCGGUGCGGCGGCGAGCGGCGGUGCCGCCCCUGCCCUCUCCCGUGCCGGCGGGGACGGAGCGGGGCUGCCCUUGGCCCCGGCCCGGCGGCAAGCGGUGCGGGAGGACGCCGAGCCCCGUCCCCACGGAGGGCACCUCCGGCCGCCGCGGCGGAGAGCCGGGCCCUGCCAGGGCUUAGCGCCUCGCCCGCCCCCGCAGCCAGGCCGCGGCGGUGCCAGCGGCCGCCGCUGCAGCGCGGCGUUUGCGUGAGGGGGGCAUGGCCCGCCCGCCGCCGCCGCACUAGCCGGCCGCGGGGUUCGCCUGCCGCCGCGGCCGCAGCAUGCCGAACAGGGCCGGCCUGGACGCGGCGCUGA